AAAAUUGACCAAUGCGCAAGCGGGAUUUCGAUACCGACUGAACACUCACCACCAACUUCCUAAAAAAAUGUAAAACGCGAUUGCGAGGAACAUCUUAUAGAACACAACUUCUACAAAGGCAGCGUGGAGUUGAUAUCCUUGUAAGUUUAAAUACUUCGUUCCUGAAGUUCCUCCAAAAGCAACCAAAUGGAGACGAGAAGUUCAAAGCGCAAGGCUGACGCCAAGGAGAAGGUUGUGGUCCCGAUAGAAAAAGUCCGCAAAUCCGUUCGAACAAUCCAGGCACCCAAGAGACUGCAAUAUUCUCCUCCUCAUGCACCACAGCCCAGGAGGAAGGAGCACAGCAUUGAACAUUUUCAACAUGAAGAAGAGGACUCUUCAAAUGAUGAAAAUAGUGAAGCAGAGGGUCGAGGACUCUCAGCCUAUGAACUGAGGCGUCUGGAGAACAUCAGGCAGAAAAAAGCCUUCCUUUCUUCUAUCAAUCUCCUUCAGGCCUCCCAUGAAUUAAAACAAUCAUCCCCAAAACGUCAGCCAUCGCAGAAGACACAGACAAGGUGUCGUCUCACUCCCUCUAUGAUGCUCUUCUGUGGUGGCAGGUCACUGCCAGUGAUGAAAGAAGUCCUCCCAUCUCGGAAGUCGCGGCGUCUCCAAAACAAAUCACCAGAAAUUCAGAGUCUUCCCAGUUCAGUUCCAGAACUGAACAAAAUAAAGAUGCCAAAACGGCCUACAAAGUCUGCGGGGCAUUUACCUAGGAAGCCCAUUAACAUGGAUGACGGAAACAAGCUACCACCUCAACUUCUUCAACUCUUCUCAGAGCCACAAAAUCAGUAAGACCUACUGGCCGUUCAGAUUUUCUGCCAUAUGGGACCCCAAACAAGAGAACUGCCUAUUGGUUUGCAGUUUGUCAAAGCCACAUCAUUUAAAGGUGUUUCACGAGAGUGGCUGUGUCGCUCACAAAUUUAUAGAUUUCAAACACCUCAACACGGUGGUGUCCAUCGCAGUCUUCCAACCCUCCCGAAACGCCAUCCUAGGCGGCAACUUGUCCGGGCGACUCCACGUCUUCUCAGACUGAGAUUCCCUCCUCCAGAUUGACUUCAGGGUUUCUCCAUAAACAAAUGGUGAGAAUAUUUUAAAGAUAAAUAAUGAGUUUCAUUAAGAUGAGAAGAGCACUUUAUUUUUUUUUUUUAUACAUUAUUCUAAGUGAGUUUGAUAUCAGUGCAACCAAGUGUUUAUUUGUUGAUGUCUCGAUAUGCAGGUUUCGUUUUAUUUUUUAAACUACUGUAAUUUAAUAAAUUUAUGUUUUCAAUAUUAUUUUCAGUGGUACAGUAUUCAUUUUAAGCUGCAGCCUCAAGAUGGCAGUGUCUGCAUACGUGCUCACUGGACACAUUGCUGAAAUUUACUCGUAUUUAUCAAAGCUAGUUCAAAAGCUUUGAAGAUGAUUCUUCAAAAAAAAUCAUAUUACUUUGUGCAUACCAUUAAAUAUUCAAGAGUAAUAAUUUCAUCGUCAGCCCAGACAUGUGUUUGCUUGGUUGAAGUAUUAGUGGAUCUUUGAUUGGCUUCAAUUUCAAUUUUUGUGCUUCUUACAUUGCAAAUAUUUUCAUUCAUCCUUUGACUGAUGAGAUUUAAGGUGUCAUUUCGCAUGUAAAUUUCAUAAUUUGUAAAUGUGAAUGAAAGGCUAGCAUCAAUAAAUCUA